AGUUCGAUUUCGAAGGCUCCUACGGCUGUGGCGGACCCUGUGAACAUGGGUUCUAUGAUUACCCAGCCUUUUGAGCCAUUCCAAGUCGCCGCGCCUCCCGAAGCCGCUUCUUCCGCUAGCCCCGCACCCCUGUCUACACCCGGAUCACCGACCUCUCCAGAGCAAACCCCCGUACCUAAUAACUGCUGGAGCUGUCGCGUGCUUUCCGGGUCGGGGCUGGUAGGGGCGGGCGGGUACGUGUACUGGGUAGCGCGGAAGCGCGUGAAGCUGGGAUACCCGCCCGGUCCAGGGAGCGUUAUGCAGAUGGUCAUCGGCAUCAGUGAGAGCAUCGCUUGUGGUGGUGUAAUUAUCCUGGCUGAUCCCAAAAGGAAGUCCUUCCGCUUUGGCUGAAAGUACCACCAGUGAAUUUGUCAUCGUCUACCCCUGUCUCUAUGACACACGGUGCAAGCAUGAGGCUUAUGGAUGUUCUGGACAGACACAUCGAUAUUGAUAUACUUUAGUUCUGCGAAUACUGAGAGACUGGAAAGAAACAUUGAUUGUCAUUAUUUGGCCAUGAGUAUUUGUGGCCUUCGUCUAGGGUUCCACAGAGACCAAUAAAUCCCUCAGAGAAGAGAACAAGUUCUUUGUCUUAUCUGGGGAAAGAGGAUAUAAUUUAAAAAAAAGAAGAAAUGAUAAACCAAAUGGGAAAAUGAACUAAGUUGUUAUUUAAAAUAGUUCUUUUUACUUCUCCCAUAUUUGGGUCAAUACCUAUUAUCAAUCUAACCCUGGAUGGUCAUCAUGCAAUAUGCAAAAUUAUAUAAAAUUAUAUCUGUACUGCUCAUACUUCCCAAGGCACUAUCUGGUCCGUCACCUUAUGAGAGUUUCACAGCUACUCUCAAGUGGUUAUUUCACUUCUGGUAAGUGAACCUUAAAAAACAGUCCUCGUGAUUUGCCCAGGGUCAUUCAGCAAGUCAGUGAUAGAGCUAGGACUCUUCGUUUUCCUUGUUCUAGUCUUUCAGACUUAGGAUGGUUUCAAGGAAGCAAGAAUUACAUUUAUGAAACAAUUAGAUAAUCUUAAAAAUAAUAACACUUAAGUGCCAAAAUAUUUGAGAGAAAUUCAAAACCUUUUGUAAUAAUAAUAAAAAGUUCUUUUUCCACAAGCACUGGAAAUGUUUCUGUGAUGAAAUUGAGAUACUUUUGCGAUAGGGACUUAAAACUAGGUAGUUUAUGUUUUAAGAGAAUUCUGUGAUUCCUACCAGUUCUUUUUUUCUGCUUCUCAUGGCUUCUCUAUAAAGUUAUAUGUAGCUGUUUUCUAGAGACAAAAGAUACUCUUUAAUUCAGCUACCAAUCACUGUGUAAGUUUGAAUGAUCCAUUGAGCAGUUACGUUUAGGGCUGGUACUUUUUCUAGUCUUAUUAGAAGUGCCUGAGUCUAUUAAGCCCUACAAAUGACAGUAAGACUCUUGCAUUGUCUACGUCAGAUCAUGGUAUGGGUGGUUCCAUAUAUAUCUGCAAUUGAGAAGAAAGACAUUUCAACAUAGACAGCAAGGUAUAAUUUAUGUAAAAUGUACAAUUCAGUUUUGUGAUGUUAAUGAAUAUAGAAGAUUUAAGUUGGAAGGGACCCUCGAGGACCCAAAGUGGGGUACUUCCUUGAGGGCCCAUGAUGGAUGAUCAUUCAUCCCAUAAAAUACCAAUGAAGACAAGUUACACCUGCUUUAAAAGGCAAGUCAUUCUAUUGAUGGACAGCUGAAGUCUGCACACUUUUUUAGGUUUAACCAAAAAUACAGAUCUAACUGAGCUUGGCCUGCUGGACAAAUAGAAUAACUCUUAAACUUACAUAUUACAAUGUUAACAUCUUUCUCAGAAUUUGUACUGUAAGCAAAUGAGAGCUUUUUUCCAAAUAAACUUGUCU